AUGAGAAAUCACACAAUGGUGACUGAAUUCAUCCUGAUUGGGAUCCCUGAGACAAAGGGACUAGAGACAGUUCUUUUUUUCCUGUUCUCAUCAUUAUAUUUAUGUACCCUCUUGGGAAAUGUACUCAUCCUUACAGCUAUCCUCUCUUCUUCUCAGCUUCACACUCCUAUGUAUUUUUUCUUGGGAAACCUCUCCAUGUUUGACCUGGGAUUCUCCUCAACCACUGCUCCCAAGAUGCUGUUAUACCUCUCAGGGUGGAGCCACAUUAUCUCUUUUCAGGGCUGUGCAUCCCAGCUCUUCUUCUACCACUUCUUGGGGUGCACUGAGUGUUUCCUAUACACUGUGAUGGCCUAUGACCGUUUUGUGGCCAUAUAUUACCCUUUGAGAUACAUGGUCAUCAUGAACCACAGAGUCUGCUCUGUCUUGGCCACAGGGACCUGGCUGGGUGGCUGCAUCCAUGCCAUCAUCUUAACCUCCCUCACCUUCCAGUUAUCAUACCGUGGCUCUAAUGAGGUUAGCUACUACUUCUGUGACAUGCCUGCAGUCUUACUGCUGGCCUGUGAAGAUACAUCUCUAGCCCAGAGGGUAGGUUUUAUAAAUGUUGGUCUUUUGUCUCUCAUAUGUUUUUUCCUUAUCCUUGUUUCCUACACUCACAUUGGAAUUUCUAUAUCAAACAUUCGCUCAGCAGAGGGCAAGCAGCGAGCAUUCUCCACCUGCAGUGCCCACAUCACUGCCAUUCUUUGUGCCUAUGGGCCAGUCAUCAUCAUCUAUCUACAGCCCAAUCCUAGUCCCAUGCUUGGUGUUAUAAUUCAGAUACUGAAUAAUCUUGUAACCCCCAUGUUGAAUCCACUGAUCUAUAGUCUAAGGAAUAAGGAUGUAAAAUCAGCCCUGAGGAAUAUAUUUUCCAAGAGAAGUUUACCCUAG